AUGAAUUGUAUUAGUUGGAAUUGCCGUGGGCUUGGGAACCCGCGGGCUUGUCAAUUCCUUAAGGACAUUGUUGUUCAAAAGAAGCCCAAUUUCAUUUUUUUGUCUGAAAGUCUAUGUAAAAAAGAUGUGAUUGAAAGAUUAAGAGUCCAACUUUGUUUUGAAGGCAGUUUUUGUGUUGAAGCCCAAUGCCAUAAAGGAGGGAUUGCCCUUCUUUGGAAAGCCCAAGAGGAGGUCCGUUUACUCCAAUAUGCACAUAAUUUCAUUGAUGCAGAAAUCGUAAUGCACAAUACGAUUCCAUGGCGUCUUACGGGCAUCUACGGUGAACCAAACCGAAGCUUGCGGUUCAAUACUUGGAAGCUCAUUCAUGACCUUGCUAUUUUUUCUCAGCUUCCUUGGUGUUUAAUUGGUGAUCUCAACAACAUAGGAAGCCAAGCCGAGAAGAAAGGUGGCUGCCCUUAUCCCCCCUCUCUUAUUGCCGGUUUCCAAGAUGUCCUUCAAAGCUGUGAUUUAAUUGAUCUUGAUCUUAGAGGAUACCCUUUUACUUGGGAACGCAGCAAAGGAACUUCUUCAAGUGUGGAAAUUCGGCUCAAUAAAGCUCUUGUUUCCCAUCUUUGGCUUCAAUCUUUUCCCCAAGCUACUCUUACCAAUGGAGACUUCUCUUCAUCCGAUGACACUCCGAUCUUCCUUGAACCGAAACCUCCAUGGAUGUCUAAAAAAACAUACCAUUUUCAGUAUGAAAACUGUUGGAGCUGUGAGCCCCUUUGCUCCAAGUUAGUAGAAGACUGCUGGAACAAUAAUCAACGUCUUUCUCUUGCUGAAAGAAUCAAAGCUUGUGGUAUUGCUUGGAUUCUUGGGGUCGAACUCUUACAGUAUCAUUUGGUUAUCAAUGGGGUCAAUUUCUUGGUUGACAUUGCUCAAAAUAAUGAUCUCCUUCAGCUUAUCCAAGAUGAGGAAGUCAAACAAGCUCUAUUUCAAAUGCAUCCUGACAAAGCGCCAGGUCCUGAUGGCAUGGGUCCAGGGUUCUACCAAACUCAUUGGGAAACCGUUGGUAAGGAUGUUAUCAAGUUUGUUAAUGAUUUUUUCAUCACUGGUUCUUUUCCUGUUGGGAUUAAUGAAACUAACCUUGUUUUGAUUCCGAAAAAGAAGAACUUCUCCUCUAUGGCCGACCUUCGUCCUAUUGCUCUGUGUAAUGUGCUUUACAAAGUUGCUGCAAAAGUCCUUGGUAAUAGGAUGCGACAUAUUAUCGAUAAGGUAAUCUCUGACACUCAAAGUGCUUUCAUUCCUGGUCGUCUUAUCUCUGAUAAUGUCAUGGUCGCCUUUGAAGUUAUGCACUACUUAAAAAGAAAGACCAAAGGAAAAAAAGGUUUUAUGGCAGUUGAAUUAGACAUGAGUAAAGCCUAUGAUCGAGUUGAAUGGGGUUGUCUUCAUGCUAUCAUGUCUAAGAUGGGAUUUGCUGACAGAUGGGUAAAUUUGAUCAUGCAAUGUGUGUCUUUGGUUCGUUACUCUGUUGUGCACAAUGGCCGAAUCAUAGGACCUAUUGUUCCUUCCCGAGGAAUCCGUCAAGGCGAUCCUCUCUCCACUUACCUCAUUAUCAUCUGUGCAAAGGGAUUCUCCUCCUUGAUACAUCAAGCCGAAUCAAGAGUAAGUCUUCGUGGUAUCUGUGUUGCUAACCGUGCCCCGUCUAUCACCCACAUGCUCUUUGUAGAUGAUAGCUACUUGUUUUGUCAAGCUACCAAUGAUGCUGCCACCAAUCUCCUCCAUUUCUACACUCUUUUGAGAAUGCUUCAGAACAAAGUCAUAAACCGUUUGAACAAAUGGCAUGAUAAGUAUCUCUCUAGAGCUGGUAAGGAGAUUCUUCUCAAAACGGUUAUCCAAUCACUUCUUACUUACGCCAUGAGUGUUUUCCUCAUUCCCACUGGCACUUGUGAUGAGAUUGAAAAGCUUAUGGCCCGAUUUUGGUGGAAGACUAGUUCAAGCAAAGGAAAUGGAAUUAUAUGGAUGUCUUGGGAGAGAAUGGCUACCCAUAAAGACCUCGGGGGAAUGGGAUUUCUUCAUUUAAGUGAUUUCAAUCUUGCUAUGCUAGCCAAACAAGGAUGGCGUCUCUUAUGUAAUCCUAACUCUCUUCUUAGUCGGGUCUAUAAAGCAAGAUACUUUCCCCACUCAGAUUUCCUCAGUGCUGACCUUGGCUCCAACCCCAGCUUUGUGUGGCGAAGCAUUUGGAGUGCUCAAAACCUCCUUAAACUUGGAGUCCGUCGUACUAUCCGUACCGGUAUGCACACAAGAAUUCUUGAUGCUCCGUGA